GUCCAAAAAGCCUUCAGAAUCUGUAUUUGAAGCUUCUUCCACAGAUGAUUCAACGUUGUGGCCAGAAUGGUCCGAUGCAGCGUUAAACAAGGAAAAUUGGGCUCAUCCCAAAAGUAAUUAAUAAGAAAAAUUGUUCUUUCAUAAUUUUGUUCAUUGCAAUUUUAUACUGAUUCUAGAUGGACCGGAUGGUUUGUUUCUCGACACACAGCUCGUUCAAUUACCCCCAUCUUUAGUACCUCGUAAGUGGAUAAGAGCAAAGAAUUUAGACAAUCUAAAUGUAUGUACGCUCCCUUAAAAAAUUAAUUUCUAUUCAUGUGAUUGUCUAAAAAAAUCAACUUUACUUAACUUAUUUAUAAUUGUAUAACUUGAAUUUAGGGACAACUGACAGUAUUUGUCGCUAAUUCAAAGAGUCCAGACUAUAUCGCGAAUAACAAACACUUAUUACACAGUCAGGUAAUCUAUAUUAAUUCAGAUAUGCCCGCACUUUCUAACAAAAUCUUUCAAAGUAUUAUCAUUUUCAUCCCUAUUUGCGGUUUGAAUUGGAUGCAUGCUAGAAUAUUUCCAAAAAUAACGUAUUUUAAUUUAUCGGAUUGAUCAGCUUGGUUUCUGAGCGACUUCGAAAUAUUAAACAACAGGAAAGAAAAAAUUACUAAUUAAAAAAUAAAGUGUCCAUUCAGAAAGAGUCGCAAAGCGAUCCACGAUUGUUCGAGAUCGCGUCACAAUUGAUCGGAGUGUACACACCGAUCAAGAAGCAACCUGCUCGCAAUUAAACGUGGUUCAAUGAAGGAACGACUUUCAGUUCGCACGGUGGUUCAUUUCCGCGCUAAUAAAUCUCCAGUACUGCGGUCGAGAUGGAUUGGAAAUAAGUAGCGAGAGCAGCAAUUUUGUUUGGAAUGGUCGGUACCAAUCUUGGCAGGGCUGGAUGAAUGUGUAUUCGAUGAACAAGGCCGGCAAGGGUAUGCUACAUCGGCCCGUUAUAAAUCCAAACGGUAUACUCUCAACAUUUUAUUAAUCAUCCAUUUCUUUAUUUCAUUUUUUUACAUCAGACGCAAAUUAUUCGCGAUGCGUUGCGAUUUAAUUAAAUCGAUCAUCGGGAAUGUUGCUCGUUCCUCACCUCUCCAAAUAAAUUAGAACACUCCAGCGUCUACUAUUACCAUUUUAUCGUCAUUAACGAGACAGCUUGUUGGCUUUCUAACGCGUGAUGUUCGUUAAUGCGUAUAUCCAGAGUCUGAGUAAAGAAGAUCUAGAGAUCUCUUAUUAUAUAUUAUAUUUUGAUACGCUUAGAGAUUUCUUGAAACCUAAUUUCUUAGAUUCGCGAAUUCGAUACCUUGUGCGUUUCGAAGGGGUUUUUUAAUUUCUUAGGAUUUAGUGUCCCAUUCCAUGAAAAUUAUAUUUUUCCUUCGUGAAGAAACUUUAUUCCUGUGUAUAAAGAUUUUUGAAAAAUUUCUAUUACGUCGAAGGCAAAUACGUCGUAAGAUUAUAUUUCUUGGGAGCUUGGCGCCGGAUUCUCGUGGAUGAUAUGAUACCAGUGAAUGAAGAGAAAGUACCACUUUUACCUCGAACUACUAAUAAUUUUGAAUUAUGGCCCAUGCUUCUUUCAAAGGCCCUAUUGAAAUUGUGCUCUUUGACCUGGACAGACUAUUACGAGAUCGUAGAUUUCCAUCCUGUCACGUGUUUAACAGGUAAUGUAAUAACUAAACUAUUUAAUUUAUGCAUCUAUGGUAUAUUUGGUACUAUGGUAUAUUUAUGCACUUAUGGAAAAUUUUAAAGUGCAGAAAUAUUCAAAAUAUGUAAGAAACAUGUAAAAUAUCUAUUUAAUUAGAGACAUAAAAGUAUAUUUCUCUUCCUCUAUUAUAUAUUGUUUCUCUUCAAUUAAAUGCAGGAUGGGUUUGUUUGCGAUUAGAAGUGGAGUAUCUCUCACCCCAAGAUAAAUGGGACUUUUUGAGACAGUACGCAGACCAUUUCGAAUGGGAAGCGGAAGUUACGGAGCAGGAAAGUCAGGGUUAGUCGCGUGUCUCCUGUAUUUAUCAUUUUUACAAUUCGUAUAUAGUUUUAACGCUUUGUAAAUAGAAGCUUCGAGGUCUAAGAAAAGUAAAGAGGAGAGAAAGUCUAGGGAAACGACGAGGACGAAAAAAUCCAAGGAUACGAAUCUUACGAGAAGAUCCACCAACACUGCUGAUACGAAAAAGUCCAAGAAAACCGAUCGAUCGAGAAAAUCGAAAAAUAAUCAGAAGCUCAGCGCUUUGAUUAAGCCACAACCAGUUACUCUGUUUCUCGGUUUGAAAGACAUGAACGAAGUAUCUUCAGAAAUUGUGCCGGAAAUAGCACCAUGUUGGGGCCAUUUUAUUUAUGUAGCUCAGUCACGCGAUAUUCCUUUGGAUCCCAAAGAUGUAUGUUAAAUAAUUUUUGGAACUUAGUACGGCGAAUAUUGUGUACACGAUCGUGAGUGAAAUUUUAUCCCAUUUGAAUUUUAUUUUAAUAUUAUCGUGCUGUGUAAUAUUGUAGCAAUGUUAUAAUUCGUAACCACUGAAAAUAAUGAUUUCUCUAAAAAUGAUUACUUUUUAUGAUUGAAUAACAAUAAGACAUUCUUUUCCGUUUGUUUAACUGUAUUAAUUUUUUAAUUUAAACCAGAUAUAUUGCGGUAAACUUUCGCCCAUGAUAGGAUAUCGAAAUAAAUGAAAAAAAUAAAUGAUAUAAAUAAUAGGUGAAGCCUCCGUUAGCAAGAUGGAAAUUUUAUCGUUGGUUAAAAUGGGCGAUCAACGAAGGAAUAAUCGAUCCAGUUGAAUACUUCGUACCGAUUCGAUCCCUGAAAAUAGUCAGCCCUUUGAGGAAAUGCGAGGAUAGCGUGAUGAACAAAUACAUUACGACAACUACAGAGAAAGAUCUUCAAGAUGAAACUGUCAAUGAUAAGUCGAAAACAGACGAAACAAGUCAGAAAGAUAGGGCUCGUGAAAUGUCGAAGGAGGAGAAGAAAAUUUCGCCAGAUUUUUCAGAGGACAUCAGCUUCUGGGCAGAUUUUAACAAAAUGGAACCCUACGUGAAAGACGUACAUUUUUUCUAUAAACUAGAUUACUUUCAAUACAGUAUGAAACUGUCAGAUCGAUUUGCAUCGAAACAACCAAACGAUGAAAAAUCUGAAACUAAAAAAGAGAGUAAGAAAGGUAGCAGGAGAAGUUCACCGUCUAAAACAACGUUUAAAAACUCUGAAUUCAUCGAUACUUAUAGUUGGCCUCAAAAAAUGUCAAAAACCAGAAACGAGCCGCUAUAUGUCUUCACCGAUUCGUUGGAAGAGAAAUUCUUUCUCAUCGACUUUGCAACGUUCCAAGUUUCCAUCGAAAUUGUCGAAGACGCCGACGAUGAAACUUCAAUUCCCAGAACCAAAUUAAAGGGAAAUAAAGAUUGUCUAAGUAUAGAAGAGCAUUGUUGGUUUCGUAAGCCAGAAAAAUCCAUCUUCUUCGUCUCCGUUUUAACUGCUGGCACAAAAUCAACCGUGAUGGAAAUAGAUCGAGGGAGACACCUUUUACGAGUUUACUGUCACUCGGAAUCCAAUUGCCUUAUAUCUAUCUCAUCGGAUACGGUUUUCCACGUGGGGGACAGGCGAAGGAUGUAUCAACUAAUGUGCACAGAAUCUGAAACGGUCGAUCAGAUGGCGAGGCACAUCAGCAACUCCGUCUGUAGCGUCUAUCAAGCGUUUGGCACUGAAAGAUACUCGGAAGCCUUGAAGAUUUACUACAAAAGCUACUUGCCACCGGUUGAAGAUCGAGAGAUGAGGGACAAGUUGUUCUAUAAUCAGAUACACGACUACUUUAUCGAGGAACAAGUACAAUUAAUUAGAAAAAUCAUGCCUGAAGACGAGGUUCCAGGUGUUUUACGAGCUCUGAGAAUAUUUUUUCUGAAUCAUACUGUUGGCUUAGAAUGCUUCAAAAACGCAACGAUCGUGUUGAAGAACUUGCUGAACAAGACGAGAAGGUUGAUUGAAAAUAGAAGAUACGCUAGUCAGCAUCCCACGGAAAAAAUUAUUGUACAAAAUAAGGCUGCAGCUGUUAUUCAAGCGUUUUUCAAAACGAUUACCAUUAGGAGAUAUUUGAAAAUACAUAAUCCUCGUCACGAACAGCAUAAUCAAGUUUUACAGAAUCUAUUGAAAGUUGCAGAAUUGUAUAAUUAUAAUAAGCGAGAAUCCUUAGCUAAUCAGGUAUUGAGGAAUAUAUUAAAGCAUCAUGAUAAAUUACGUGACAUUUACUAUUGUUCUAAAGACUUCGAGUACACCUUGCAAGCGCAAGAAUUGAAAGGGACGGUGACAAAUAUCACGCCAAACCAAUGGCUCCCUAUUAUAAGACUCGUGGUGAAUCCUCAACCCUCAGAGACAGUGUUUGCCAGUAUAGAUUUAUUUGUUAACCUACCAAAGUAUAGUGUACGCAUGUUUAAAAAUGAGACAGGUGAAGAAAUACAACGAGUGGUAAACAAUGUGGUUCCAACUCGGUACCAGCAUACGAAACUAGGUUACACUAUCUUCUGCUAUGGUUGGAGCGAAGAUCAAACGUUGAAAGAGUUACCUUGGUCCUUAAAUAUAAUUACAAUGAAAGGACAACCUGUGUUUUAUUUUCUAAUUGACGAAGUAUCGUUUCUCACGAUUAACAUGCCUCCUAUAUUAGCUAUAGAAGAAUUGUCCAACAGUUAUAUUCCUAAUUCGAGAAAUUAUAUUUCCAAGUGGAUCGUUCGAGUGGUGAAACCUAGUUUGGUCUCGUUUAGAUUAAGAGUAUCGUAUGAGAAAGUAAGAAUGAGAUUGAGAGUCAUCGAUGAGGAAGGUCAAGUGUUGUCGCAAAUAAAAGGUACUUGUGUAGUUAUUUUGCCGAUGGUGUAUUUGGAAUUUCGAAGAAGUUCUACUGAAAUUACACUUGAAAGGGAUAAUUCUAAUAACAUCGAUGAAGAGAAUUCUAGCGAAGAGAAAGUUGAUAGCAACGAAAGUAGAAGUAAGGAUGAUGUGAUAGCUCACACGAUUUAUCACGUAGAAGCGUCAGUGCUUGGAAACAGCUGGCCAUUGACUGAUACAGAAUGGAGUCUUGUGUCAGAAUUUAAAGUGAAACCGACAGGCUCUGUUAUUAAAAAGAAACUACCACCUUUUUCGAAUACAGGAAGACUGUCAAAGAGUGAGUCGUUAAGAUCGAGGAGAGUUUCGAAGCAGUCUGUUGAAAGUGUUCCGGCUGUCGAGUCGCCUUAUUGGAUUCUUCAAGUAGUUACUGAUUCUGGAAGCGGAUUAAAGAUAUCCCAAGAUAGGACGAAGGAAAGGGAGAUAGCGAGGAUGAAGGAAGCCUGGGCGAAAGAGAAUCCUGACAGCUUGCAGCGUGGUAGAGAACUCCGUGAAGCUUUCAUAAAGAAACACGAGAUCAAGUCGAAAUGCUUAGCGGAUUCGUUCGAAAAGAAACCUUCGAGUCAUUCCGAGAAAUCGUUGACGAAAAGGGAGAGCCAUCGUUUGUCGCACAUCGAGACAUCCAGGAUUUCAAUGGCUCAUUUGGAGAAGAGGACGUUGAAGCCACCUCCGUCCCUUCGUAGACUUCCACCCUUGGAUUUGACUAUCUACGAGGUCAAAGAGGACGAGGAGAACGAAGCAUGGGUAAAGAUGGAGUCGGAUGAAGAAAUGAUGCGAAAUAUUCGUAUAAUGAAUAUCUUGUACGCUCAGGAAGACUACGCGUAUUUUCUCGAAGAUCUGAACAAGCUAUAUAAAAGACAGAAGUACCAAUACGAAACAUUGUAUGGAAGAUAUAUAGAUGCAUUUUUUGAUAGAAGAGGAAUGUUGGAAGACGUGUACGAAGCUCGAAAAGGAUAUAUAGCUAGUACGAAGCCUGUAGCUGCUUCGAGCACCAAGUCUACUAAGAGAAGCAAGAAAUCUAAGAAAACUUAGACCAAUUAAUUUUAGAAUAAUUUACAUUAAUUUUAAUUCAGUAAUUUACUAUCACAAGUAAAUAUUUGGUUAAUGUAGUUAUGCUAGAUUAAAUAGUCAGAACAAAU